CGAAUAUGCCGAAGUUUGACAGCUCGGCUCGUGUGCUAUCUCUUUCGCCGCGUUCCAAAACAAAACAUUGCCAAUUCCUCCGGAGGAUGUGCGAUUGUUGCGUGGCUGUGGUGUAUUGUUUUCGGGUGGAAAAGGUUUUACUUUAAAUUUUCUGUGUUUUUAACUGUUUAGCUCUAAGAUAGUGGAAAUUCAGGUCAGGAAAAUGGCGAUGGAGCUAAGCAUUUUAACGCUCAACAUUUGGGGCAUACCGUACGUGUCCAAGGAUCGGGAGGUGCGCGUGAAAGCUAUCGGGGAUGUACUGGCCAGCGGUAACUACGAUAUCGUUUCGCUGCAGGAAGUCUGGUCCGAUAGUGACUAUCAGUAUUUGAGACAGCGGGUGGAAAAUGUGCUUCCCUUUUGCCACUAUUUCUACAGCGGUGUCGUCGGUUCAGGGUUAGCGAUUCUCUCGCGCUACCCGAUUGUGUCGGCUUUCUUCCACGCCUGGUCAGUGAAUGGCUACAUGCAUCGCAUCCAGCACGGCGACUGGUUCGGUGGGAAAGGGGUCGGCAUGGCAAAGAUCUCCGUAAACGAUCAGCUGGUGCAUGUGUACGUUGCUCAUCUUCACGCGGAAUACAACCGACAGUGUGACGACUACAUGGCGCAUCGCGUAAUACAAGCGCACGAUACGGCACAGUUCAUCGAAAGCACACGCGGCCAGUCGGUGCUGCAGGUACUGGCCGGCGAUCUGAACACAGAACCGGGCGAUCUUGCUUACCGGGUGCUGGUGACAUGCUCCAAGCUGAAGGAUUCGUACGACCGCAAAGCGAUCGGGAGUGCUAUUGGCACGAACGAAUGCCACACCAACAGCUACACCGAUCCGACGGCAGCCAAGCAACAGCCCAAUGGGAAACGGAUCGACUAUGUAAUGUACCGGAUAGGGGACAACUUCGAAGGACGACUGUUGGAGCAUCGCCUACCGCUACCGGGACGUGUCCCGGGGCAAUCGUUCAGCUACUCCGACCACGAGGCGGUGUACGCCAAGCUGAUUCUCAAAAAAAGUUCUUCCACGUCCACCAUCCAAAAUCUGAUCGCCUGCAACAGCAGCAAGGAGGAAAGCUGUGAUCGGCUGUCGCGGGAAGAAUCGCAACGGGAUGCGGUGCUGGCGCUGCGCGAAAGUGUGGCCAUCUGUAACGAAAGCCUCAAGCAGCUAGAGUCACACCGCCGCAGCUACACACUGAUGGCGAUCGGGGUGAUCAUUGUGCUGAUCAACCUGCUCGAACUGCAGGCACCGUACGGGCUGAAGAUCGCCUUUUUGGUGCUGAAAUUCUUGCUCUGCGCCGUCAUCAUAUUCUUCGUCGUAAUGGCCACCAUCUGGAACGUGAUGGAAAAGCACGGCAUACUGGCGGGCAAGCUGUCGAUGGAAAUCGCCCUGCGAGGGUACAGCCUCGAUGGGUCGGCCGGGCACGGUGCGGCGGUGAGCGAAAAAUGAAAAGCUCGAUGGUGCAUUUUUCCCGCAAAAUUCCAUUUCGCGUUUGACCUUGCACGUUGGUUGAGCGCAACGGUUUCGAUGCUGUAACGCGUACACCAGACCCAUCGCACACUCCGGCAAAUAGUUUGUUUUUAAGCAGGAUGAUAUAGAAACAACAUUCCCCGAAAUAGAAGCCCUCCCGCAUGCUGCGCAUGCAUGGGAAAAAACA